AUGGCCCCUGGCACCCAGAGACCCUCAUCCCAAGAGUUGAUGACAUUCAAGGACAUGGUUGUGGACUUCACUGAGAAGGAAUGGUGCCUCUUGGACCAUUCUCAGAAAGAGCUGUACAAGGAGGUCAUGCUAGAGAAUAUCCAGAAUCUGCUGUCCCUGGAUGUAGAGACCAAUUUUGAAGAACAUGAGAUGCCUAGAAAUCUGGGCCUUUUUGUGGAAGAAGGUGACAGGCAAAGAUUCAUGAGAGAUGUUCCCUGUGACUUCCGUUUGAGAGGAAUUCAUGACUUUAUUCUCAAAGUAGACAAAAAUCCAAAGAGUGACUGUGAACUGGAUGAAAUUGGAAAGAAAUUCAGACAGACUUCAAUGCUAAAUCACUGUAAGAAAAUUACCUCAGGGAAUGACUGUCCUCCAGACAUUGAAUAUAAGAAAUGCUUUACUGAACAUGAAAAGUUUUUUCAGUCCAUGGAGAAGCCUCUUGGAAUGCAAAUGUGUCCAGGUAAUCAGUGGGAGAUGGCUGUGAGCUGGAUUUCAAACAUCAAUAAACAUCAGAAAAGUGGUACUGGAGAAAUACUUUCUGUAAGUAAUAAAGGUGGGAAGGCCUUGAGUCAGACCUCUAAGUUCAUUACUCAUCAGCAAAUUCCCCUUAGAAAGGAGCCUGAUGAAUAUAACAAGUGGGAAGCUCAGAGAAUCCACCAUAGAGAGAAAUUUAUUGAAUGUUGUCAGUGUGGAAAGGCUUUCACACACAGGAGCAAUCUUACUACACAUCAGAAAAUCCACCGUGGAGAGAAGCAUUAUGAAUGUAAUCAGUGUGGAAAGGCUUUCACACACAAGAACAAUCUUACCACACAUCAGAGAAUCCACACUGGAGAGAAACCUUGUGAAUGCAAUCAGUGUGGAAAGGCUUUCACACACAGGAGCAAUCUUAUCACACAUCAGAGAAUCCACACUGGAGAGAAACCUUAUGAAUGCAAUCAUUGUGGAAAGACUUUCACACAAAGCUGCAGUCUUGCUAAACAUCAGAGAAUCCACACUGGAGAGAAACCUUAUAAAUGCAAUCAGUGUGGAAAGGCUUUCACACAGAACUCCAUUCUUGUUGUACAUCAGAGAAUCCACACUGGAGAGAAACCUUAUGUAUGUAAUCAAUGUGGAAAGGCUUUCACACACAGGAGCAAUCUUACUACACAUCAGAAAAUCCACCGUGGAGAG